UCAGCUGACGAGUCCCUAGGCAUGGCGGCGUUACUCCGGUCUGGCAGUUUUCUUAGAAUUUUUAGCGGUUUUAGACAAUCAUGGACGACAAAUGUACCACGUUGUGAGGCUCUAACACUACAGACAACACCACUACACACUAACAUCACCAGAUUACUGUCGGCACAAAAACCUGUAGAAAAUGUCAGAAGUGGGCAGGGACCAGCGCAAGGCAUCGACAAGGCUCUGUACCGCAUUGACACAGACAUACGGAGAACAGGACGCAUAUUUAAGAAGGAUAUUGAGGAUAUAUUUGGAGAAAUUAAAGCCCUGAGGCAUGCCACCAGUACUCAGAGUCUGCUGUUGCUGCGGUGCUGUGGAAGCCUCGUUCCUGAAGAGCUGCCUGAAGUCAGAAACAAGCUGGUCCAAGACAUCUGGGAAACACUACAUGAACUGCGCAUUCCUCUUGAUGUGAGUCAUUACAACACUCUCCUGCGGGUUUAUCUGGAGAAUGAACACAAGUUCUCACCCACGGCUUUCUUGGCUGAUCUAGAAAAGAAUGACAUUGAACCCAACAGAGUAACGUACCAGCGCCUGAUCUCUCGCUACUGCCAGGAUGGAGACAUCGACGGAGCCACCAAAAUCCUCGAGUUCAUGAAGGCGAAAGGGUUACCCGUGGGUGAAAACAUCUUCAAUGCUCUCAUCAUGGGCCAUGCUAGAGCAAAUGACAUGGAAAGUGCGCAUAAGGUCCUGGAAGUGAUGAAAGGCUCGGGGUUGGAGCCCAGCUCAGACUCGUACAAAAUGUUGCUGGUGAGUUACGCCGAACAGGGAGACAUCGAGGGUAUCAAGUCGGCCUUACAAGAAUGUGAAGCGAGUGACAUUCACCUCCACGACCGCGACUUGAUGGAGGUGAUCCAAGCGCUGGCAAUGAAGGGACACACACAACACGUACCACAGAUAAUUGAGAAGCUUCAGAAAGUACAGGGAUACCAGCAAGAUGUCAUGAACCUUACUUACCGCCUCCUGAAUGCUGGAUGCCACGAGGUAGCUUACCAGAUGUUUUCCACCAUGAAGACCCCACAGAAUUCUAACGGAGAGACUGGUCCUGCAGGCUUCUUCUUCAUUAAGCACCUUGUAAAGAGCGGCACGCCAUCUUCAACAAUAGUUCAUUACUGUCAAGAAAUGAAAAAACAGGGACUCAACACGUUUGCCUUAGAAGCCGCUCUUGGUGCUGCUCUCUCAAAUGGUCUGCCAGACGUAGCCAUGUUCAUGUUGAGGGUUAUGAACGAGGACGGAGCUCCCCUAAGAGCACACUACUUCUGGCCCAUCAUCAUCCACUACUCCAAGUUAGGCCAACUGGACAAGGUGUAUGGCACUGUGAAGGAGAUGGUGACCUUAGAGGUUCCCCUGACUCUGGAGACCUUCAAGAUAUACGUCAUCCCGGCAGCUCUCGGCCAAGACGACAUGGACGCCAUGAUUGGAUCUUUAAAAGAUGCAGGAAUGUCUCUGUCGUCAGUAAUAAAUGGCUGCAUCGCCUACUUUCUCAGCAACGGGGAUGUCGUGGCGGCAUCAAACCUAUUGUCCAGGUAUCGAUGCCGGCUGACCAACGUAUUCCGACGAGAACUGGCCGAGAUUUAUGUCAAGACGGGAGAAGCAGCUGCAACAAGUGUCGUCCUUGGCCAGAUGCAGAACCAGAACCAAGAGACAGCAGCCGGGGGAGAUCAGAACAACGAGGAACUUAACCAGCCAGCUUCAGGGCGAGACCAGCAGGAUGUGGCCGGCUUGUUCCUCCAGGACGUGGUGUGGCUGAGCCGCAAGGAUGCAGUGUCCACCAGAGUACUGCCCAUCCUACAAGAAAUGGAGAAUCGUGGCAUCAGCAUCAGCAAGGCCAGUGCCGCAUCUGUGACGUCCAAGGUGGGGGAGCAAAUGACCGAGGAAGUGUCUGGCCUGCUGGAGAGACUGUCGUCGGGAAGUCUUACAUUCCAACCCCUGACCCGAGAAACCCAGGGACCCUAUCACCAGCAGAGUGUGGAUGAGUUGGAGCGUCGUCUGCUGGAGCUAGAGAACAAGAACCUCUCGACCAUCAACAUCUUGAGCUACCUCCUCCCCGCCUACGCCCGCAACAAAGACGUGGAGAAAGCCGAGGAUUUGAAGAAGAAACUAGACGCAGAACAGUACCCCAUCAGCGCGGGUACGUACGUCCUCUUGAUUGACAUGUACGUGAGCGUCGGUAAACUCGCAGAGGCCACGACACUAUUGCGGGAGCUCGAGGCCAAAGAACCCGACACCAAGCUGACACCGUUCAAGUUCCUGCGUCUGGCGUCGCUGAUGGUCCAGGAGGGUCAAUUAGAAGAGGCAAUCAAGCUAAUUGAAAGUCAUGCACUAGAAAGCUUUGAUGACAACAGGGAGGCAGGAAUAAUGGGCAACAUGAGCAGGCGUAUGGUGGAUCAGCUCUCAGAUACAGGGGAUACUGCUGCAGUGCGUCGCCUUAUAGAGGUCCUCCUGAAGAGCAACGUAGUUCAGCCGGGAGCCAGCAUCUUUGGGCCACUCAUCAGAGCUUACCUUAUCAAUGAGGAUCUGGCAGGAGCUAUGAAGGAGUUUGAAGCCAUCUGCCGGGAACACCGUGCGACGCCCUUCAAGCUGGAGCUGACCACACAGUGUAUCAACCUAGAGGAUGCAGAUAAAUUACAGAAGAUUAUGGACAUGAGUAUUGAGAUUCACGGAGAGUUGAACAGCUUGUAUGACAUGGUGUUCGCGUUUGUCGAGUGCGGUCGCAUCAAACAGGCAAAGAAGCUCCUGGAGACUCCUGGUUUACGAGCCUUUAACCAGAAGCUAGAUAACCAGUGCCAGCGCUACUUAGAUAACGGCAAAAUAACGCAACUGGAGAACCUCGUUACUGUCACUCGGGACAUAUUUGACUUAGACAGAAACAUGAUGUAUAUGAACCUCAUCAAAGCUUACAAACAAACGAAGGACUGUGAUAAAGCCUUGGGCAUCUGGACAUCUAUGCAGGAGGAAAACAUUCAACCUAGUGAGCCUUUCCUCCAAGAACUGGGAAGUUUCCUGAAGGAGAACGGCUAUAAUGUUCCCUUCGUCAUUCCCGAGUCUCCGGCACCGACUCCCGCUGCUGUUCAAGAGGCGUCCAGUGCAUCCCCAAGAACGAUGUUUACCGAGGCCCUGGCGGCGAGGGACUUCACAUCCGCAGUUUCCGUAAAAGAGCAGAUAGAGAAGUCAGGUGGGCAGUUGAGUAUACAGAAUCGUUCAAAACUGGUGGAGGGUCUCGUGCAAGAUGGCCGGAUAAGUGAAGCGACCAAGUUAACUCAGGACAUGUUGAUCACUAACUGCUACCCGGUGGCCAGAGUGUUGAAGUACUUAAUAAUCCAGAUGGCCAAAGCUGGUGAUGUGGAGACCAUUACAUUCUUCGGCAAAUACAUCGACAAUAAUAUAAAGAAGCGCAUCUCUUUUGACAACGCUCGGUGUAUGGCAUACAGAGUGUCCGGACGCUCAGAGGAAAUCUUGGAUGACUUGUUGAUGCAGAUUCAGUCUGUUCCUGAAGCUGAAGUUUCAACUAUUAGUCAGCACUUUCCCAGAGGUGGACUGAUGGGCAUCAUGGAGGAGAGCCCACAGUUAUUGCCCAAAGUCACGAAUUUGGCAGAGGAAUAUGCAUCUCGGGGAAUGACUGACCCGGCCAACUGUGUGUGGAUGCACCUCUUCUCUGAGGGCCGGUACAGUGAAGCACAAGAGAUAUACAACAAACAUAUCUCUGGGAGCAGCACACCUUUAAUGUUCAGAAGCAUCCUAGAUACUGCACGAAAAACUAACAACACCGAACUGCCGGAGAGAGUAAUGGAGGUCCUGGAGGCUCGACCUGAGGUGACGCCCGUGGCCAAGGGUUUGGUCUACAGCUGCUGGAUAGAUGUCCUUGGUGAAUUGCAGAAGUUUGAAGAGGGUUUGAAUAUUUUAAAUAAAGCCCUUGAGACCAUAACCCUGGAGGAUAUGAACACAACAGCAUUAACCAAGCUUAAAGCUGGCCUCCUUGAGUCCAACAAAUCAUUUCCAUACAUAAUUCCUGUAAAGGGAAGGCGUAAUCAACUGAACACCAAAAGUAGCAGCAGCAGCAGCAGCAGUGAUAGUGAUUAAUUGAUGGAUCAGAGACAAGUAAAGGUCCCGGGAGGGGGGAUUACAAGACAAGUGUUGGAAAGAACUUGGACAGUAACCACUAAUACUUGGCCUAAACAGUUUGUCAUCCAUCUUGUAUGAUAAUUUAUAUACAGCUGUGGUUAAGUUAUACAAGAGACUCAGUAUAUGAUUUUGUAUUGUGUUUAUUAUCUGUUAUUGGCAGGUUUUGUACAAUUUUACUUUAAAUGUAUAAUAUUUACCUGUAUAUAUUUUUUUUUAAGAAA